CAAACCGCAAACACAACAACAAACAUCAUGCCAGCAAACGGCAAGAGGAGUGCCUUGAUGAUCGCUGGCGGUGAUGAUGCUGGUGGUGAUGGUGAUGGCGAGGUGGUGGAAGCAGCCGCUGUGGACACUGACGAUGUGGAUGAGAGCAACAGAGGCGGGGACAGCACAGAUCCCGUUGCUGAUCGCAAAGAGCUGAGGGCGUGGUACGCAUUUGAUUGGGCCAACAGCGCAUACGCCACCGUUGUUGUGGGCGGGUACCUGCCGCUGCUGCUUCAAGCCUUGGCGCUUGAGCACGCAGGCUUCCCUGACAUGUGCCCAAACCUCAUCACCAACACCACAAUGAUUCUGCAGGCGUUUCCAAACAGCACAUCCCAGUUUGCAUACCUGGACUUUGUUCGAAAGGGCAUCUCCAGCUGCGCCGACACGUGCGUGAAUGGGCUCUGCGAAGGAAAACCAGAUCGGCCGGAGUCAUGCCUUCUGGCGGACGGGCGCACGGAGUUCAAUCUUCGCGUCAACUUUCUCGGCAGCCAUCUUGACCCCACCUCCUACGCCUCCCUCUUUAUCAGCUUCUCCGUUAUCUUUCAGACCAUUGCAUACAUCUGUUUGGGGACGCUGGGUGACUACGGUCCUCUGCGCAAGAAGUUGCUCAUGCUCACGUCGACACUGGGAGCAGCUUCAUGCAUUCUGUGCAUUACGGCAACGUCAGACGUGUGGUGGCUCGGUGGCGUCUUCCUAAUUGUAUCAAACGUGCUUUACGGCCUGUGCAUUGCGCUCGCCAACGCUUGGCUGCCCCUUCUUGCAGACAACCACUAUGAGGUUGUGGCUGAGUCGGACCCCGUUGCCCGCACGGUCCUCAAACUGAAGAAACUCGGCGAAAUCAGCGCUUACGGCUUUGCUGCUGGGUACGUCGGUGGUGUGAUUCUUCUCAUCCUCACCAUCCCUGUCAGCUUCCUCGUUGUGUCCAGCGCCGCCUAUCGUGUGAACGUGGCUGCUGCUGGAGUGUGGUGGUUCAUCUUCUCUCUCUACACCUUCAAGCACCUCAAGUCCCGCCCCGGUCCCCCGCUCCCACCAGGGCAAUCGUACAUUGGACUGUCACUUCGACGCACGUGGGACACGCUGAGGAAAGUGCGACGACUGCCCACCACAUUCAUCUUUCUCGUCAUCUGGUUCUUCCUCUCAGAUGGGAUGUUUCUCGUGUCGUCUGUCGGUGCGCUCUUUGCCAAUACGGAGGUGGACUGGGGCUGCAUCAACAAGACGCUGGGCAUCGCUGUUACGCUGCUGCUCGUCCCCAUCAUGGCUGGCUUUGGCAACUGGAUCAUGAACAGGGCCGUCAACACAUUCAACUGGGCACACCGCAACGUGGUCAUCUUUCAUGCAUUCUUCACGCUUCUCCUUCCUCUCUAUGGAUUCAUCGGUUUCGGCGUCAGUGAAUUCGGGCUUCAACGCGGAUGGGAAAUGUGGAUUCUUGCUGUCAUCUUUGGUUUCAACAUUGGCUCGUUCCAGUCAUACGCACGCUCCACCUUCGCGCGUCUCAUUCCAACGGGACUUGAGAGCCAGUUCUUUUCGUUCUAUGAGAUCACGGAUCGUGGCAGCAGCUGGAUUGGCCCGCUCGUCGUCGCCGUCCUCCAGCUGUCAACAGGCAACAUCCGCAAUGCGUUCUUCUACAUUGCGGCGAUGCUGCUCUUCCCUGGCAUCGCCCUCUGCUUCGUCGACAUUGAGAAGGGUGCACGCGCUGCCCAUGAGUUUGUGGACAACGAAGGUGACGAUGUGUCCAAUGACACAUCAGACCAACUGCUUCUCCAGCCCAUCUCUGACCCGACACCACACCACCAAGCAUAGCAACACCGCAAGAAGCAAGGGCACCACCACCGACCUACUUCUUGUUGCUUCUCACUGGCUUGCUUUGUUUAUUUGCGGCUUGUGUGUGUGUGG